GACCAAUGUUGUCAUGAUUAUUCUUGUGUGAUUCUUUACCUCUUUCUCGCCUUCCCUCUCCGCUUCCCUUUUAAUCCUGCCUUGACCUGUCGCACACAAAGGGCCCUUAACCCAUCAAGCUGCUCGUCAUCGGGCCCUGAGCCACAUAAAUCCAUUUUCUUUAAACCUUUAAAACAUUUCUUCACCCUCAGCUUCUCACUGUAACUGAAUAAUCUUCUACGAGAUUCUCACUUCUACGCCAGGAAGAUGAAGUUCUCCUUCACUUCCGCCCUCGUCUUAGCCCUUGCGGCGGACGUGACCCUUGCCAGCACCUGGUUCAGCAAAGCCGCUUACAACAAAUGGCAUGAAACUGAGCUGGAGCGUUGGUUGUCGGACCACAAUAUCCCCUAUCCUAGCCCUGCGGAUCGUAAGGACCUCGAAAAUCUGAUCAAGGACAACUGGCAAUCCAAGAUAGCCACCCCUUACGCAGAGUGGCAGCCUUCGCAGCUUCAAUCCUAUCUCAAAUCUAAGGGUCAAGAAGCCCAGAAAGGUUCUGAAAAGAGCAAGGAUAGCCUGAUUGCUCAGGUUAAGAAGCACUGGUUUGAGACGGAGGAAGCUGCUUCUGAUGCUUAUGGAAACGUACGAGACUGGAUCUUUGACAGCUGGACCGACUCGCAACUCAAGGCUUUUCUCGACAGACAUGGAAUUCCCGCUCCUCAGCCUCGCAAGCGUGACACCCUUUUGGCGACCGCACGCGAGAACUACCAAAUUGUCGCAAACAAGCUCGGAGAGACCGCGUCCUACCCUGGAAACUGGCUUUAUGAGACUUGGUCAGAGUCUGACUUGAAAGAAUUUUUGGAUGAGCGCGGAAUCCCUGCCCCGCAGCCCAGCACUCGUGACAAGUUGAUUGCUUCGGUUCGCCGUAACGCUCGUCUGUCCAAGGUCAGCAUUGAGGAGGCUGCUGCUUCGGCAUCGGCAUCUGCCAAUGCUGCCAAGGAGAGUCUUGCCGAUUCUUUGAUUGACGCCUGGGGAGACAGCAAGAUCAAGGAAUGGCUUGACGAAAAUGGUGUCAAGGUCCCUCAGGGCUCCAAGCGUAACGAGCUUCUGGCUCUUGUUCGAAAGCACCGUGCCCGAUUGACUGGUGACAAUAUCUCUGCCUCGGCGGCAAGUGCAUACGGUGCGGCUACCUCCAAGGCUGGCAACCAGUAUGCCCAGGCUACCGAUGACGCUCAGCUCAAGGCUGAGGAGGCUUUUGAUGCCGUUGUUGGUUCCUGGAGUGAUAGCCGUCUGAAGGCCUAUCUUGAUGCUCGCGGCAUUCCGGUCCCUCAGAGUGGAAAGCGGGACGAGCUUGUUGCUCACGUUCGCUUGAACAAGCACAAGGCUGCCAGUGGAUGGAACGCUUGGACGUUUGACACGUGGACCGUGGCUAAUUUGAAGAAAUACCUCUCUUCCUUUGGUCAAGACAAGGCUGCCAAGGCCAGCUCGAGCAGAGAUGAUCUUGUCAAGCAAGCCCAGCAGGUUUAUGCGAGCGCAUCGAAGACUGGUGGAUCCAACUACGCUUCGGUGACUUCGUACUUGUCUGCUGCCACUGACGCCGCCAAGGACUCCACCUUUGAGACGUGGUCGGAUUCGGAGCUCAAGUCGUAUCUCGACUCGUAUGGUUUGCCUGCGUAUCAGGGCAGCAAUAUUAAUGAGCUCAAGGCUGCCGCUCGGAGACAAGCGACCUAUUUCCGCUAUGGCACCAGUAGCCCCGGAGGAACUCUGCUUGCGAAGCUUCAGAACAGCUUCCAAUGGGUGCUGGACCAGGUCAAGUUUGGUGCCGCCAGCGGACGCAAGGAGGGAGCUUAUCAGGGUGAGCGGGCAGCGGAUGCGGUCAAGGAAGGUGCCACAACUGCCACCAACCGUGCCCAAGAGGCUGCCCAGAAGGUGAGUGACAAGAUCAAGGAGGAGUUGUAAACGUCCUUUGUGAAUUUUGCCCAUGCAUACAAGUAUGAGCAUAAAGGACGACAACUAAAGAAAAGGGAAAAAACCAUUAUCUUCAAUGUUACGACUGCUUGCGAUGUGAUCAAAAGGUCGGGAUCAAUGGGUCAUGAUCUUUUUUUUUAUUUUUACUCUGGCGUUUACAGUAUGUAGCAAAAUGAGCAAUACGAGCU